AUGGAGAUCGUGAAUCAGGCUCGCGCCCGGCCAGCCCCUCUAGGUCGACUCAGCUGCGAGAGUACUGGCUUCUUGCAGGGUCAGAGUCGGGAUGUAAAGGAACAGGCCGCCCUACCGCGUCCUCUCGCCAGUAAAUAUCAAAAACUGUAUGAGAAUGUGUCAAAUGGCGUGGAGAAACGCAAGAAACAUAUGUUCGCAAACGAGAUCAGUAUAGAAGAAUUACUGGGCCGCAAAACCCCGCCCUCUCUAGACCAUCUACAGUAUAUAAACAACCUGUGUGUUUCGGACGAGCACACUCUUGCCUGCCUGGUGGCCGUGGUCGUCGCCGACAGCUACAAGACGCCCAUCCCGAUCCUGAAGGACGACCGCACACAGAACGCCUACGGCGAGUACACGUUCGACUUCGAGACUGGAAACGGCAUCGUCAGGAACGAGGCCGGAAAGCAGGCUGAUGGCCAGGAGUCCUCGGGAGGAUGGAGCUACACCGCUCCCGAAGGAAUCCCCAUCAAGCUGAGCUUCACCUCCGGCGUGGGCGGUUACCAGCCCGUGGGCGAUCACCUUCCCGUGGCACCCACGUCAGUGCCUCUUCCCUACGAACGUCAGGAUUACUAAAUCUUUCGUGCUUUCUCUGUUCAUUCCAUAUUUUAUAUUCUCCUAAACUCUCGUGAGUGAUGUGAUAAAUUCCAUGAAUAAUUCUCAUCACGAUAUGUGUUACGAUUCUUGUAUUUAUUUUCUUGGGUAUUUAUGGAACGAAACUCGUUCAUGUCCUUUUCUCUAGUAAAGC